GCGCGAUGACGAAGGUGGCUUCCGGCGGCGAUCCUGCCAUGAGGUUGACGGCGGUGGCCUGUAUCUCCCACGGGCGGCUGCGGCGGCGGUUCGGGCUCGGGCCGCGCUCGCGCCUCGACAUGCUGCGGAACCUGGUCACGGGCCUGGUGCGCCACGAGCGGAUCGAGACCACGCGCGCCCGCGCGGACGAGAUGCGCUUCUACGCCGAGCGCCUGAUCGACCACGCCAAGCGCGGCGACGCGGACCCCCAGGCCAUGCGCCUGGCCGACUUCUGGCUGACGGAGAAGGACCUCGUGCACAAGCUCUUCAAAGUGCUGGCGCCGCGCUUCGCGCCCCACCAGGGCGGCUACACGCGGAUGAUGCGGAUUCCCAAGAACGACAACCUGGACCGGGCCGAGAGGGCGGUCCUAGAGUACAAGGGGAACCCGCUCCCUCCCUUGCCGCUCCCCCGCCGGGACAGCGAGAAGACGCUGGUCAACCAGCUGCUGAAGGGCUACCGGGAGGAGCUGCUGCGGACGCGAGGAGCCCGGGGCCCCACGGGCACGGCCGUGUAGCGGGCGCCGCUCCUUUCUCUGCUGACCGGACUGGCCUUGCCGCGGGGAGGCUUGUCAAUAAAUGCAUCUCUGUGCAAGCACC